CACUUUCCUGUGAUGACAUUUGAAGUUAACCUUUGAUAAUAACCACAGAAAGGUUGUCUGCCAUCUUUAAAGUUAGCUUCAACUGCCACAGUGAAAAAUCAAAGAAAGGCUUUAAAAAACAAUAAUAUUGCACUAUACUUUAUUAUGAUGCUUCCUUGUUAUUCAUUCCAUUGUAUAACUUAAAUGAUAACUUGGAUAUUGUAUACUUCUGUUACUCAAUUACACUUGACUUCCUGGAUGCUAAUUUCAGAAUUAUUUUUUAAUGUAAUGUCUGGUACUAUUCUUUUUCAUCAUUAACUCAACCAACAGGAAAAGAUUAAUUUUGUAAAAUUUUUAUCUAAAAAUCAAUUUGGGUAAGAAGUCUACAGCAAGAAUAUUUACCUAUAAAUAAGUUAAUAGAAGGCGUCACUCAGUAUGAAUUUAAAGGAUAACAACUUGUUUAAUGUUCGUUCAGAUAAAAAAAUGAAACCUUAUUCUUGUGGCAUCUGCAAGAAGCAUUUUUCAUCCAAUUCUCAGCUAACUGUUCACAGUCGCAUUCAUACAGGUAAAAAACCUUAUUCUUGUACCUUAUGCAAUAUGAGUUUUUCUGUUAAGAGUAAUCUGACUCAGCACUGUCUUGUUCAUACCGGUGAGAAGCCUCAUUCUUGUAGUGUAUGCGAUAAGAGUUUUUCAAAAAAACAUCAUCUAACAAACCACACUUAUAUCCACACUGGUGAAAAACCUUAUUCUUGUAGUGAAUGUAAUAAAAGUUUUUCAAGGAAAGAUCAACUAACUGAACACAGUUACACUCAUAGUAACGAAAAACCUUAUUCUUGUAGUGUAUGUAACAAAAGUUUUUCAAGGAUGACGCAUCUCACUGAACACACUCGCACUCAUUCUGGUGAAAAACCUUAUUCUUGUGUCAUAUGUAAUAAAAGUUUUUCACAAGAGAAUACACUAUCUAUGCAUUGUCGCACUCAUACUGGAGAGAAACCUUUUUCCUGUAGUGUAUGUAAUAAGAGUUUUACAACGAAGUCAUGUUUAACUCAACACAGUCGCACGCACACUGGUGAAAAGCUUUUUUUAUGUGUCAUAUGUAACAAAAGUUUUUUACAAAGAGUUGAGCUGGUGGUGCACAGUCGUGUUCACACUGGUGAAAAACCUUAUUCUUGUAGUGUAUGCAAUAAAGGCUUUUCAACGCAGUCAAAUCUAAGUCGUCACAGUCGCAUUCACAGUGGUGAAAAACCUUUUUUAUGCGCCAUAUGUAAUAAACGUUUUUUAGAAAGGUUUGAACUGUCAGUGCACAGUCGUGUUCAUACUGGUGAAAAACCUUAUUCUUGUGGUGUAUGUAAUAAGAGUUUUUCAACGAAGUCAAAUCUAGCUCGUCAUCAUAGUCGCACUCAUUCUGGUUAAAGCCACUGAUUUAGAGAGGCUGACUCGUCCGCCAUUUUGGAGCAAAAAAUUCAAGAUUUGGCAAUUUAUCGCUACAAAUGACUCUAACCUCUACUAGGAUAAUACGUGAAUAAAAGCGUGAUCCCGUAUAUCGAUUUACGUUGAUUUUCAGAAACUUUUUUUAAUACUUGUUCAUUAAAAAAUUUACAAUUAACAAAUUCAGUAAAAAAAAAUUUUUUAUUGAUAUUUAAAAUAAAAAAAAAUAUUAUUCAUUACUAGAUAGAAGCAUUUUUGGUUCUUUAAUAAUUAUAUAUUUAAAAAAAAGUAAAAAUUAAAAAAACCCAAGUAAAUGGAGAAGAUCAGUAAAUUUAUAUUUGCAUUCACCUAGUUUUCUCUUUCUCUGUGUCCUGGGGGUCUCUUUGGAGGAAUUCUUCAAAGAUUUGGAAUAGUAUGAGGUCUUAAUUAUUUAUUACCGUCUUCCUUAUUUGCUUUGAAAUGAGAUUCUUUAAAAUGAACCCGCAAGAUAAUUUUAAACGCUGUUUUAUAUUAAAUUCAAUCACAUUUUUAAAAGAUUCAUAAUUUAAAUUUUGUAAACAUACUCCCAUUAACUAAGUUGCAACAGAAACUAAUUAUUCCAGCAAUUUAACACAAAAGUUUUAAUAAAAAAAACUACAAAAUUGAUAGAUCCAAAAAGGUAUUAAAGAUCUCAUUUUAAAUAGACUUCUUGUUAUAAAAUUUAAACAAACCGUUAGAACUUUAAGCGAUAUGUAAGCAUAAGUAACUAAAAAAAUUAAACGAGUUAGGAUUAAAAAGCUAACUAUCUGAUAUAUAGUAACUCAAAGUGAAAUAAAAUUAGAAACAGGUAAAUAUUUAUUUUUAACAAAACUUAGCGAUUCUCAAAUAAGUUUGGCGAAUAUUUAUUCAGCCAAUCUCUUGUUUUAUAUUUGGUUUCAUACCACACAAACACUCAAAGUUCUUAAAUAAAUAUUAAAUGUUGUUUAAAAGGUCAUAUUUUGAAUAAAUAUUUACGUAAUAAAUGCAAUUUUCAAGAAAAAUCCCUAUAUUUGAUACAUAGUUAGAGUCCCGUGGUGGACUGAUCGUUAAGACACGGUUCCCAGCAGUUCACCGAAGUCAAGCAUCACUGGCUGCGGUCAGUGUGCGGGUGGGUGAUCACUUGGAUCAAUCUGCGUAGGGACCGAGGGUGUGCGGUAUUGGUCCUCGUUAAACUGUGCUACCGUAAAGUGCUCGACUUCGCGCGCAGGUCGUCGGGCUACCGAAGCGGGAGUGCCAUCCCCUCCGCAGAGGAUCAAAAUUGUGAUGGCAUGUCUUCGGAUCAUCCUCAGGGAUGUUUCCCAGACCGUCGCCAAUAGCCCAUUGUGCAGCUAUAGUGUAACGUAAAUUAAAAACAACAACGAUACAUAGUUAGAACUUUACUAAUCAAGUAACCCAGAAAAGUUAUUUAUUAUAAGCUUAUUUAUUUUUAAAGAAAUAGACAAAAACAAGCAUUCAGAAGCAAAUUCUAAUAACUUAAGGUCGUUAUUAUACUACAUAUCUAAGUAAAAAAAUUCAAUAAAUUGUAAAUAAAUGAGUAUUUACUACACAUAAGUGAGCUCUGCUUCUCGGCUGACAGUUAUAUCUUCUAAAAUUUAGAGCCCAUUUCUUCUUACUUACGAGAUCUGAUUUAAAUCUUAACAGUAGAAAGCAUUUUUUUUUUUUUUAAAGAAACUGUUUUGCCCAAUUCAUCCUACACAAUUACCCAAAUCAAUAAUUUUAAGGGGCUUUAAAUUCUCACGCUAAUGUUAACACUACGUAACUAGCAAACUUGUUUGCUCCAUCAUGGCGGAUAGUUCAGCUCCCACUAUAAAAGAGCCUUAAUUCUGGGGACAAACCUUGCUCUUGUGUUAAAAAAAAAUUUUUUUACUGAAUUUUUUUACCAGUUUUGUCCAUACUACUGUAUCAUUUUAUUCUUGCAAGAAGCGUAAUAAAAGAUUUUUACAUUAUAAUCACCUACAGUUAUUUUCAUUGUAGUUUAUGUAAAUUGAGUUUUGUAAUGAAUGCAAUUUAACAGACGGAAUAAAAACAACUGAAGAAUCUUA